AUGAUUAUACAGACGACGAAAGCAACGCAGGCGGAUUUCGUCCGCGACUUUGCGAUCUGUAGUGAUGAUCUUGCCGAUGAAAGUGAUGCUACUCACACCACUGCUGAUGAGGAAGAUGCAAGGUCCGUUGACGACCACUAUCGACAAUCUUGGAAGUCUCUACCUCGCCUCGACACUGCUCCUGGACCAACUGCAGAAACGGUGAAUCACUACGCGCUGUCCAGCAAGUCUCUCCCUCGUACCAACCAUGACCAGACUGAAGCCGACGACGGUCGACCGUCGCCCAAACAUUGGGCAUUGUCGCAAAAGAGACUGCCCAGUAGUCUACCCCAUAUUGCUCAGAUUGAUAGCGAAGAAGCUGUUCUCGCGGAAGGCGUAGACAAGGAUAUUGUCCAGAGUUGUCAAGACAGUGCCAGCGCGAUAAGCCCCGGAAAUCUUGGAGGAGGUCCACGCAAGAUAUUUAGGCAUUCAGCUAUGACAGCCGAGGAACAGGCCCACAAAGCAGCCCUGCUGCGAGGAAAGAUUGCGGAGUUCGAUGCUGCGGCAGCUGCCGAUCAAGAAUCAUGCGCGAAGCACACCCCAUCGAUCGAGCCUACGAAUGGACAGAUCAAUGUUCCGUCUGCCCACACGAGCGAAACAGCUAGAAAGAAGCGCAAAUCUCGCCAAACCGACAGUCCUACUUCCACUGCUGAAGAGCCCAAGUCGGCGAAGAAGAAGGCACCCAGCAAGAACGCACGAAAGGAAAUCGAGAGCAGCGAUGAGAGCCCCUCUCGGCUCUGCUCGGAUGUCUUCCUCUUCAGCCCACUCCCGACGCCCCUUCUUCAAGAUGAGGUCGUGCGGACAAAUCGAAAGCAAGGCAAGCAGAAAAAGACCAAUGAGAAGGACAAAAUUCUUUUCUUAAACCCGGAACUACAGAUGCUCAUGUUCGCUGAUGAUCCAACUAGCAUUACGGAGACAAUGUCUCUGGCAGAGCGUUGGAAAAUCAACUCGCGGCAACAACUAAGCAGGCUCGUGAAGCAGCUUGAGCACUAUGGCAUAGUGCCGAUGGGUGGCGUACAGGACAGGCUCAAUCAUUUCGGCCUUCCGUUCGAGAAUGCAUUGGGCAGCCUUGUCAGAAAGAUCGAAGAGCGCGUCAAAGAUGAAGCCGCGGAAGAGGCAGCUAUCGAUGGAGCAACGGAGAUCCUCGAGCAGUGGGUAUCGGAGAACCGGCUGUAUUUGUCUCGGCUUGUUUCCGUUCUCAGUCGCUCGAACACCAGUGCAUCUGACAGGAUACUUAUGCCCAUGGGCGAGGUGGUCUCGUCGUUACACAAAGAUUGUGGCAAUCGCAAGGACUCUGCAGUUGUCAGUAAAGAGUCUGGAACCGUCGGCUGA